GGUCUGAUCUACUUCACCGGCCGGCUGAGGAUGCUGGAGAAGCGGCAGGAGCAGAUCAGGGAGCUGAGCAGCAAACACCAGCAGCUGAAGGAGGAGCUGGAGGAGGCCAAGAGCCGGCUGAGUCUCCCCCCCGCCAAGUGGACCGGAGAGUUCGAGGUGGACCAGGACCUGGAUCGGGGGUCUCAGGAGUUCCUGGAGGCUCUGCUUCGGACCACAGAGGACCUGCAGGACUGCGUCAUUCUCUGCAAGUCCCGCGUCAUGAUGGAGACGUGCUUCGACACUGCCGCGCAGGACGAGCAGCAGGGGGUGGGAGAGGAGGCGGCACGGACUAGAAAGGUAGUGUAGUACCACCGUUUGGCCACUACGGAGAUCUGCUGAUUAAAUGGGGAGGGGUUGUGCAAAGAGACGCAUUAUAAAACAGAACUCAGUGAACGAUUCACCUAGAAAGAAGGCCAUCAUCUCUGAUUGCAGUAUCCAGCUCUUAUGAUGCAAACAUGGCGCCCAACGUGGGGCGGAGGGAGAGUCUGAGAAAAGGGAUGAGGAGAUGAUGAAGAAAAACACUGACCUCCUUCAGAUCCACAGAACACAUGGGACAGCCUCUUUCGUCCACACGGAGGGAAAGGUGUGGGGAUGGAACCUCUCUGGACGUCUGGUGAGGCUCUCAUGGAAGUGCCUUUAUAUUUAUCAUCUAGUUUAACAUGUUUUUAUAAUUUGUUUGUUUUUGUUUGUAUGUUUACCAUGUAUGGUUCUCGUGGUGCUGACAUUACAAACAAACUUCCUGUGAAUUCUUUAUGCAAAAACACCAGGAUUUAGAUAUUUGGUUCAUGAUGAAAUGAGAUUAAGCAGCAAGGAGCAACUACUCUGUAUUCCUGUAGACGUUUCGCUUCUCUUCAGUCGCUC